AUGAGCCUUAACCACCAGGAGAACGGCGUCCAGAUGGGACACUCCAUGAAAGAGGAGGAAGCUGUCCCGAGUGAGAAUGGCCUCACUGGGGACUCAGACGAACAGGGUGCUGAGGGUCAACUCUGUCCCACUGUGGAGGACAAUGAGGUCCCACCUGCGGAGGCAGCAGAAGACGAGAAAAAGAGCGUCCCUAGCCAAGAUGAGGGGCAGUCCGGAGCGGCUCCAACAGCUCAAGCCAAAUCUGACAGCCCUGCAGACAAGACACACCCCUCCACCCAAACACCUCCCUCUCCCCUUAAACGGCCGUCACUAAAUGCAAAGAGCAAAUCACAGUCUCCUCGAAACGGCCACAGCUCCAUCCCCGUCAAAUCCAGCAGCACAGAGCGGGCGGACCACAGAAACAUGAAGACUCCAGCAGCCGUCACUGCGGCCAGAACCACAGUUAAUGCCAAGAAACCUCCUACUCCCAAAAAUGACAAAGACCAGAGUGGACACAGCAGCCCUGGCACCACUAAGUCUCCUGGGAGCAUGGCGCUGUCCAAGUCUGUGGCUGAGGCCAACAAGGUGAAGAAAGUGGCGGUGGUGCGUUCGACACCCAAAUCUCCUGGGUCCCUGAAGACUCGCCCUGGUCCCAUGGCGGCUGCCACCGGCUCUGCUGCUCCUCUGCCUGAUCUGAAGAACGUUCGCUCCAAGAUCGGCUCCACAGAAAACAUUAAGCACCAGCCUGGAGGCGGAAGGGUACAACUCCUCGAUCAGAAGUUGGACUUUAGUAAUGUCCAGUCUAAGUGCGGCUCCAAAAGCAAUAUUAAACAUGUCCCCGGUGGCGGCAAUGUCCAAAUCCUCGAUAAGAAGACUGACUUCUCCAGCGUUCAGGCUCGCUGUGGCUCUAAAGACAACCUGAAGCACACUCCUGGAGGAGGCAAGGUUCAAAUUUUUGAUAAGAAGUUGGAGUUAGCCAGUGUGGGGUCGCGAUGUGGCUCCAAAGAUAAUAUAAAACACACACCAGGUGGUGGCAAUGUUCAAAUUAUGCACAAGAAGAUUGAUUUGAGCAACGUCCAGGCCAAGUGCGGCUCAAAAGACAACAUCCGCCAUAAACCAGGUGGUGGAAACAUUGAAAUCAAGACCGAGAAGUUGGAGUUCAAAGUCCAGUCUAAGGUGGGCUCUCUGGACAACAUCGGUCACACCCCUGGAGGAGGACAGCGAAGGCAGCGGCAGAGCAGAGAGGGCAGCGUGUCGGACAGCCCCUCCCUGCCCUCCCCCGGCCUCACCCCUCCACUCACCCCCCAGACAGUGUCCCCCGUCCCCACCACACCUGUGCUCACCAACCCACUCAUAACGAUUGAGGACUCCUAUUGA